UACGACUACAAGUGUUUUUCCCGCUGCCAUCUCCCAGUUCAAUUUCUUCAAAAACAAACCUACCUGACGAUUCAAUUGAUUAUUACCUUCUUUUGUUACGUAGUUUCUUCUCUUUGGUGCGCCGAACAAAAACGAGAGACAGCGCGCAUUGCACAGCACAGAGCUCAUCAAAUUUGCAAGAGACGUCAAGGAAUAAGAAAUGGUUUCUCCUUUGUGAUUCUCGCCACCUACACAAGCCACUUUUCUCAUUAAUUAAAUACGGGGAAACAGCUCACCGACAACGCCCACGGAAAAGAUAUGUAAUGCUUCUCUGAAGAACCACCCUGGAAUUAGCAAAACACUAUUCAAGGACCACUCUAGGCGCAUUACACUGAGGACACUUCAGAAAUGCCUAGCACGCGACACAACCCCGAUCCCUGCGCUCAAUUCAGGAUGCUAGGACACCCGUGCUCUAGCCCACAGCCGCAACUGCUGCCGUCCGUUUACCAGGCGGCGCUCAAUCACGCCGGUCCCUACGGACACGGACGCAACAUCUCGCACACUCCGUGGGAGGCCGUCACCUUCGUCGCUGUAAGUGCGAUUGUGUUGGUGGCCUACAUAGCCGUACUGGGUUACCUAGCAACGAGGGCGCUGCGUCAGGUUCCUCGCGGAACAUCGGCUGGCUCUUUGCCCGGAGGCUUACUGGACACGCGAAUUGUUUACAACACUAAAACAGAUUCCUGUCAGCCUCCCAUGCCGGCUGAGUUAACUGACACACCUGACGGUUCCUUUGACGUCUGAGACGAUCAAAGUAAUACGUGUUUUGACUAGCAUUUUAAUUCUUUCAACUUUUCCUCGAGUUUCUUGGGUUCAUUUGAUUGAACUUUUGGCAGCCAUAUUUCUUUCUUGCGAUUGUCUGUCCCGUUUGCAAAACUCUUUCGUGCUUGUAAACUUCGACAUCUCAAAUCUUUGUCAAUAUUGAUUUCUAAUUUCAUGCAUAUUUUUAAGCAUCAUUAUCAAGCGAGUGGUGUUGUUUCUGACACGGCCCUGGGAAUAGAUCCCUUGUACAACCAUUACGUACAAAUGAUCCGAGAUGUCAGAUGUAUGUCUCUCAUUUCCACUUGUCUCUCACUCAUGUUCUUUUGAUCAGCUCUAAAAGUUUCGUAAAAUUAUUUUCGUUCCUUUUUUUUCGAUCGCAUCAUUUGGAAAGCGAGAAACAAACUAUGUAUAGAGAAAAAAAUUCGAGAAAAAACUUUAAAAAGUUCGGUGCUUCGCGAUGCUACGCUGAAUUCCGGAGAGAACUUUUACGCAAAACAUUUUCGAGAAAAGAAAAUAUCAUAAACUUGUAUUAGAUAAUACUAGUGUACCAUAUACUUCAAGCCACUACGUAGGAAGCGAACUUGAACAGAUGUAUUAUUACUAUUAUUACAUGAUUUAUCUAUGACACAUAACCCGGGGGGAGGGAAGAAUUCGGUUAAUCUAAAGAUUUCACGUCAUUCACAGAAAUAACUCGGGCCACAACUAAAUGAUUCCAAAUGGAAAAAAAUGGAGAACAGGAUUUCUAAUUUCCCGAGACAAAACAAAAGAAGAACGCAACCAUGCCAACAAAAAAAAAAAUGCGAACAGAGUAAACAAGAUUCCCAUCUAAAAUAAUAUGCUAUAUUCACAACCUAUAUAUCAUUCCCCAUUUUGAUUUUGAUUUUGGUUUGUUUAUAAAUGCAAUAGUGUGCAAAUGACACCCCAGACAAUAAACGAGAUUCAUUGUGUGUGC